UCAUUCGAUCAAACACUCUCAGCCUAUCACUCCACUUUGAGCACCCGCUCUCCCAACCCCCAAACACAAUGGCCUUCAAGCUCGUCGUCCUCGCCGCCGCCCUGGCCGUGGCCAACGCCGGUCUGAUCGGCGCCCCCGUCGGCUACGCCGCCGCCCCCGUGUCCUACGGCUACGCCGCUGCCCCCGUGGCCGUCGGCACCCCCACCCUCACCUCCCAGUCCUCCAACACCCUGAGGACCUUCGGCAACCAGGGCCAGACCUCCUACGAGCAGAAGACCAUCCAGACCCCCUUCUCCAGCGUGUCCCGCUCUGACGUCCGUGUGAGCAACGACGCCCAGAUCCUCGCCCACGCCCCCGUCGCCGCCUACGCUGCCGCCCCCGCCUACACCUCGUACGCCGCCCCUGCUGCCUACGCUGCCCACUCCUACGCCGCCCCAGUUGCCCACGCCUACGCCGCCCCCGCUGCGUACGCCGCCCCCAUCGCUAAGGCCUACGCCGCCCCCGUUGCCCACGCCUACGCUGCCCCCGUCGCCCACGCUGCCUACGCCGCCCCCGUCGCUAAGGUCGCCGCCCCUCUGGGUGUCGCCUACUCCGCUGCCCCCGUGGUCUCCCACAUGACCUACACCGGCUCCUACGGCGUCCAGUACGCCUACUAGGCUGUGAUAUAGUGACCUUAUUUAUUUCUCUAUUUAUUUUACUAGAUGUGCCAAUAAAUAAACGUUACUAAAAAAACUUUUUGACAA